ACGGCAGGCUAUGACGAGGAAAUAGACCAAAUGCGUAUUUUCCGUUAUUAUUAUUAUUAUUAUUAUUUAUUUAUUUUUUUUUUUUUUUAUUUUUAUUUUUUUUUUUUUUUGACUCUUUCAUGAUGUGUCUAUUUGGGCCCUUUCCGUUUUUUCACUCUUCAUAUUUACACUCUUACCUGGCAUACUGGGAAUUAGGAUCUAUCGUUAUAUUGUCUACUCUGGCGUUUUUGCAGUCGAUGAUGGAGUAUGUAUACGUGGUUGAUAGGUCUUCUUUGAGGCGAGACGUGUGUCGUCUACACUUCAGUUGUAAAAUCUUGAUAACAUUUCAUGUUUGAUCUGGGUUCUAUGUCUGUAGAAGGAAAUUAACGGGCAUGGUAUAGUA